AUGUCUCUCUCAGACUGGCACCUGGCGGUGAAACUGGCUGACCAAUCACUUACCCCAAAGUCUAUUCUUCGGUUGCCAGAGACAGAACUUGGGGGCUAUAGUGUUUCAUUUCUGAAGCAGCUUAUCGCUGGCAAACUCCAGGAGUCCGUUCCAGACCCUGAGCUGAUUGAUCUAAUCUACGGUGGCCGGAAGCUAAAAGAUGACCAGACCCUUGACUUCUAUAGCAUUCAACCUGGGUCCACAAUCCAUGUUCUUCGCAAGUCUUGGCCAGAGCCUGAUCAGAAACCAGAACCUGUGGACAAAGUGGCUGCCCUGCGGUAG